CUGUUAUUAACAGAAAAUAGGAUGUCAACAAAUAUUGAUACAGUGGUCGUGGAUAAGAGCCUAUCCUUCACUGUUUUAUAUUCAAGAUAUGACGGUCAAUCUAAAUAAGCGUUAGAAAAAUAGCUCAAAAUUAAAUUGAAUAUCUCUAUAAACCAAUCUAAUUCAUUGUAAAUAUCAUAAUUUAGAAAGAAUCUGGUUUAAAGAGCCAAUUGGCAGCUAAGAAAAUGACAAGUAUUAAGUGACUUCGGCUGAUAACCAAAUGCAACAAACAAAGGUUUUUUGAAAGAAAAUGGAGCAUUAACAUGAUUAUAUGCCAAUGAAAACUUUUUUUUAAAGGAAAACUACUUUUGCUAUAGUUUCAGUUCAUUCUGUGAAAAAAAAAACAAAAAAAAAAAAAAACUGACGGUGUUGAUGGAGGCUUCUGUUGACACAAAUGGAGAACAUUUAGUUACUAAUCUGUGUGAUAAAGAACUGGAUACUGGUAUAGAUGUUCAAACUGUAGCUUGCACGGAUAAGAAACAUUUUGCAUGUGAUUUCUGUGGUAGGAUAUUUUCUCAGAAACGAUAUUUAAUGGAACAUUCUCAUAUUCACUCAAACGUAAAACUUUACUCUUGUAAUAUAUGCAAUAAAGAAUUUACUCAGAAAAAUAAUUUAAAACGCCAUUAUCAAAUUCAUACAAAUGAAAAAUCCUAUUCUUGUGAAGUAUGUAGCAAGAAAUUUUCUCGGAAAUUGUAUUUAAGUUGCCAUAUGCGUACCCAUACAAAUGAAAAACCCUAUUCUUGUAAUGUGUGCAAUAAGGAAUUUACUCAAAAAAUUAAUUUAAAUGAGCAUUAUCGAACUCAUACGAAUGAAAAACCAUAUUCUUGUGAUGUAUGCAACAAACAGUUCGCUUUUAAAUCUAAUUUUAACAAUCAUUAUCGUACUCAUACAAAUGAAAAGCCUUAUUCUUGUGAUGUUUGUUGUAAAGCAUUUUCACAUAAAAGUUCUUUAAAAGUCCAUCAUUUAACUCAUACAAAUGAAAGACUCUUCUCUUGUGAUGAAUGCAAUAAACAGUUUUUGCAAAAAUCUCAUUUAAAUGAUCAUUUACGUACUCAUUCAAAACCUUUUGCUUGUGAAUUUUGCAGUAAAAAGUUUUCUCGAAGAAAUUAUUUGUAUCAGCAUCUUCAUAUUCAUGAAAAGGAGAAACCUUUUGCUUGUGAUAUGUAAAAUAAGAUUUUCUAUAUAUCUUCAUCAGAACAUGCAGUUUCUGGUCUAUGUUAAAAUUUAGAAAUGAGUUUAUUGAAAACCUUAUAUUAAAAUCUUUUGAAAUUUUUGUUAUUUGCAUAAAGAUACUACUUGUUCAAAUAUUACUUGUGUUCUUCGAUAUUUUUUUGGUUUUGCAUUUUAUUCAUUUGUAAAUGAUAUAUUACAGACGUCACAUAGAUCUACAACUGAAUUUUUUUUUAAGAAAGUUUGAAAAAGAAUAGCAAAUUUCAAGUUAUCGUCUGAGAGCAUUAUUAUUUUUUUAAGUCAGUAUUUGCCUUGAUUAAAUUAAGUCAUGAACCAGUUUAAACCGGUUUGAAACAAUCACGAGACUUCUCUAUCGGUCUCUCUCUUUCUAUAUGUGUGCGUGCGUGUGUGUGUAAGCAUAUAAUCAGAAGGCAGUUUCGAAGACAGUGAAGAGACUUUCAAAUUUUUGACGUCAUUUUAUUUCAUCCGAGGGAAGCACACAUUAUGUACAAGCAGGAGCGACAAGCACACAUACAACACAGAGCGGAAUGAGGAAAAGCUCAGGAACAUUUUAUCCCUGAUCUUAUAUAACAUGAGAUAUUGAUAGGGAAAAUAUUUUUUUUUUUUUUUCACAGCGCUAAUACAGUGAUAUUUAGAUAGGGAUUUUCGCUACACGCGCGCAAAUCAGGCAAGGGAAACACGGGAUCUUUUAAAAAAGAAUUUGUCAAAUCAGCGGUAUUUUGUUCCUUCACUCGGAGUGUGGGAACGUGAGGCUUUUAGCCGAUUCAGCAAUUUUACAAAGCUUCUGUUGAAUUAAUUAGAUAGAAAAAGUGGAAUGGGAUCAGAAAAUAAGAGAAUAUUCUAGAAUGAAGUUAAUAUGGGCUAAAUUGAGCUAAAAAUUAAAUUAAAUUAAAUUUUAAAAUAUCAUUACUAUCAUAUAUAUAUAAUAGUAAUUUUUUAAACAUUAAUUUUCAAUUUUUCUAACCCGCAAACAAAGUUUUGGAGCUCGGCCGAUUUUGAGAUGAAAAAAAUCCCUCAUUUUUCGAAAUAUGGACGCAUGCAUAAUCUGAUAGUCACGUGAUUGUUUCAAACCGGUUUAAAUUGGUUAAUGACUUAAAUUAUUUAAGACACUUCGUAAGAAUUCAGAGAAUGAAUAGUUUGGAAAUCAAGUUGUAACUUUAGUUGACGAUAAAUCUCUAAAUGUGACAACCUUCUGCAUUAUUUUCUAAUAACCCUAAAGGCGAAAAAUUGAUACCUCAAAAGUGAUAAAUUCCCAAUUUGUUGCCUACGCAUUUUGAGGCUUCAAAAACCUCAAACCAAAACAACAUCAUGUUCUCACAUGAUAAAAGAGGUUCCGUUCUUUAUGCAUUUACCCUAUUGAAUUAACAAAAUUUUCUCGUAAUCUAUGGAUCGUGUUUAUAAUCCUUAGCUGAAUUUAUGCCUCCUUUUAUUUGUGUUUCUUAUUAAAAAGUGAAUGAUGGUAUUCAUUUUUUUCAUGUAAUCUACCAUUCGUUAUAUAGUGAAAUGAUGCAACUGUAUCAAAAUAUCCUUGCUGAAUAUAUUUUUUUUCAUGAAAUAAUAUUUGAGGAAUUAUACGAACGAUGGCUGAUUUGAAUGAAUGCACCUAGCUUUGUAUUUUCUAUAAUGUGAGUAGAUAAUAAUAAUAAAAAAAGAAAUAAAAAGAAAAUAUCGGAAACACUUGUUAAAAAGCGCUUGUAUCAUUGCAUUGUCAUGUCACACUGACAAAAAUGUCUUUGAAAAUGAAUGAUUAUAAAUGGAAAAAAAAUGAAUGAUUAUAAUCUUCCCGUUCUGGAAGAACUCAUUUUAUUUGUAGAUGUUAUGUAUUAGUGAUUUUAAUGCCCUGUUGCUAUCCUUGUUUUCAUAUAAUAGAAGUGAGAUUUUCGUACAGAAUAUGGUUUUGCAUGUAUUUCAUAUGUAUUAUUGCACCAAGAAUUCUAGUUCUCACAAAUGGCUAAGAUUCUGGAAAACUAGACAAGUAACAAAAAAUUCUAUCAACUUAUAUAUUCAUAUGUACUUUCUUAUCCUUAUUGAAAUAAAAUUGGCUAAAAAGUUUUAAUAAGUCUUAUUUAUCUCAGUGAAAUGGGGUGUAAUUUGUAAACAUUUCAAGUAAAAUAAUGAAUAUUGAUGAAAAAUUUUUGCGUGUGAAGAAUAUAACAUGUUUGUUAAAUUAUAAUAUUUCAUUUCCUCCCCCCCCUUAUUAUUCUUGAUUUU